AUGGCGACGAGCUGUCCACUAGAGUACUCAGAGAGAGACAGGUUAAGUAAUUUACCUGAUGACCUUCUUUGUCGUAUCAUCUCAUAUCUUCCACUAAGAGAAACAAUUCGAGCAUCCAUCCUGUCAAGAAGGUGGAAGAAUCUUUUCACGUCGAUGUCGAGACUUAACAUUGAUGAUAAGCUCGAACCUGCAAAGCGUUGCCGUUAUGGAUUGAAGCAAGUUGUGGAUAGAGUUCUCUUUGCUCGUCAGGGGGAUGUAGAAAAGUUUCAUCUCAAAUUUGCAAUAGGUAUGGGACCUUCGCCGGUCGAUGGAUGGAUACAAUAUGCACUGUGGCAUAACGUUAGAGAGCUUGAGCUUGAGCUACAGCUACCCUUCUCAAUGGAAAUUUUUUACGUGCUGCCUGAUGGGGUACUUACUUGCAAGACACUAGUGACAUUAAAAUUGCAGGCGAGAUACCUUGUUUUCCCGAAAAUCCCUGGUAAGAUUUGUCUUCCAGGACUCAAGAUUCUCUACCUAGAGUUGAUUGAAUUCACAGAUGAUGAUUCUGUUCAAAGGCUCUUUUCUAGCUGCUCCAGGCUUGAGGAAUUGGUUGUGCAAAAUUGCAAGUUGAAGAACAUAAGCAAAUUCGAAGUUAGUAACCCUACUCUCAAGAGACUGACCAUAAGUUAUCCUGAGGUUUAUGAAUAUAAGCAUGAGGUCGUGAUUAAUGCACCAAGUCUUGUGUACUUCAAAUGCUAUCACUUCGUAGCAAGAUAUUAUUCAUACAUAGAUCUCCAAUCCCUGGUUGGAGCCUACAUUAAUUGUGGACCAGUUCUCAAUUCUGAGUUUUAUGAUUCUGGUACUGCUGAUCUGAUUAGAGGGAUUAGUCGUGUUCAAUCCCUUCAUUUAUCUGGUCCACUUUCAGUGGUUCUUCUUCUUGGUCGGGGUCCAAUCCCUGUGUUGAAAAACUUGACUUACUUGAAGAUUAAUCGGUGCUACCAUGAAGGUUGGGAAAGAUUGCUUGAUUAUGCUCCAUUUUUAGAGACCCUUGUGUUUGCCUUAGAGGUACUUCCAGACUUUACAGAAAGUAUCAUGAAUCCACCAAAGGACGUGCCCCCUUGUUUGUUAUCUCACAUCAAGGCAAUUGAAUUUCUCUCAUUCCGAGGGCUGGAAUCUGAAGUGGAAGCGGCUAAGUAUUUUCUGAAGCAUGCACAAGUUCUGGAAAAUCUGAUAAUACAAAUGAUUGCAGAACAGAAGUGGCAAUUAAAGAUUACAGAAGAACUGCUGGAGUCACCGAGAGCUUCAAAGAAAUGCCAAGUUGUAAUUGUCUAA